ACUUGUGCAAAGCACAUGUGGAAUUGUUACUCUUGUUUAGAAUUAUGAAUACAAUUUAGAAAGAUGCUUAUAAAUAUUUAAUACCAGUGCAGUCGAGCACAAUAUGCAAAGUGUGUUUGUUCGUAAUAAGAUUAUCUUGUUACAACAUGGCUACAGAGGCAAAGAGACCAAAGAAGGAGAAUGGAAGCACGGACGACAGCAUGGAGGAUCCUCUGAAGAACUUCUUAUCAUGGUGUGAUAAAGUGAAACUCACGCUUAGCAACAAAGUCUACUUAAGUAAAGAAGGCACAAUCGCAGAAUAUGGUAUGCUUGCUAAAGAUGACAUAGAAGAGGGCCAUGUCCUCUUCUCUGUCCCCAGACAUGUUGUCCUGCGUGAUGGCAUGUCUGCUAUCAAGGAGGUCCUUGAAGAAGGAAAGGGCUCUUUGGAGAGCAGCUCAGGUUGGGUUCCGCUCAUCUUAGCCCUGAUGUAUGAAUACACCUGUCCCGAGUCCUACUGGAGACCCUACCUGUCUCUCUGGCCUGACUUUAAGAAGCUGGACCACCCCAUGUUCUGGUCCAAGGAAGAGAGAGAGAGGUUGCUGAAGGGGACAGGUAUCCCCGAGGCAGUGGACACAGACCUGACCAACAUUGAGAAGGAGUAUAAGGAUACAGUUCUGCCCUUCAUUGGCUCACACCCAGAGCUGUGGGAUCCUGAGCAGCACACUCUGGAGCUCUAUCAGAGUUUAGUAGCUUUUGUCAUGGCCUACAGUUUCCAGGAGCCUGUUGAGGAUGAGGAGGAGGAUGAGGUAAGCAGCCCGCCCAUGAUGGUGCCCAUGGCGGACAUGCUGAAUCACGUGUCCAAUCACAAUGCCAAUUUAGAGUACACACAUGACUGUUUGAAAAUGGUGGCAGUGCGGGAGAUCCGGAAGGGUGAGGAGAUCUUUAACACCUAUGGCCCGAUGGCCAGCUGGCAGCUGCUGCAUAUGUACGGCUUCACGGAGCCCUUUCCCACCAACAGCAAUGAUACAGCCGACAUCCAGAUGUCCUCUGUGUACACAGCAGCUGUACAAGGCACACAGAGUGAGGCAGAAAAGCGCCUCCUGGUGGAUAAAUGGAACAUGCUGUGUGAGAUGGAUAUGGUGAGGGAGAAAGGUGUCUUUGUUUUUGGCAAGAAUGGUUCCCUCACAGACACGGAACUCUAUACAACCCUGAAGGUCUUAUGCAUGAGCAAAAAGGAGUUUGAAGAAUUUCAGGAGAAUGAAGGCUGGGAGGAAGAUGAUGGUGAUGACGAAGAUUCUAACAUGGCACAGGCUCUGAGCUUUGAGGGGCUGCCAGCUCUGGCUCCACAGUGGAAGCAGUUGUUGCAGGCGGCCGCAGGCUUCACGCUGGGCCUGUACUCGGAGGAUGUGGAGUCGGAUCGCAGGUUGCUAGAGGAGCCGGCCGCACUGGCCAAGCUGAACUCCAGAGAGGCCAGAGCCCUGCAUGUGCGCCUGGGCCAGAAGACCAUCCUGCACCACCUGCAGCAACUCACCCAGCUUUAGUGGGCCCUACCCCAGUGCUUAUCCCAGUCCACGAGGCUCACUCCAGUCGCACUAGCGUAAUGUCCAAUAAUUCCUGAAUCAAGCUAUUAAAAACAAUGAAUACCUAGUAAGACAAGUAGAGCAAAUAUGUGGACCGUUUGCUGGAUUAGAAGGACUCAUUUGAAAAACACUGCUGGCCUAUGACUUGCAGGACUUUACCCAACCAAACACUCCCAGCAUUGCCAAGUCAACCUACCAAAUGUUGCAAGGUUCUCUCAGACACUUUUGGACUAGUUUUGUGGAUGUCAAUCUGACAUUCAGUUUCUCACACGCAUCCCAAAGUCUAGUUUGACCAAAAGGUGACAAGUGCAGCAAGGCUUGGUCCCGUGGUGUUGAUUUACAUGGUGUUGCAUUGACAUUGAAAGGGGCAAUCAGUACUUGUUAAAAAGCACUUGAAAGCAGCACUGCCGUUAAAAUGUGUUGAAAAAGGGUUAGAGGUUUCAAAAUAUGACAACUACUGGCCACUUAUAACAUUUGACUGCUUAGUUCUUGGAUUUGUACCUUUUUUGAUAUUUUAUUAAGGUGUAAAAUUAAGUGAAUACAAUACUUUUUCCAGGUGUAUAAACAAAUACCAACUAGUGGAAUCAGUUGUUAGGAUAAUGGUGGGUGGUUUAUAAGUAACUUGCAAAGGAAGCCUGAGCAACUUUAUACAACUGUACACAUUAGUGGUUAUAUUUGGAAUAUAUUUUAGAAUGUGUUUAAAAGUCUUAGUAAAGAUAUUUAUUUCAGGA